UCCGCGUGAUUUUGAGCGAGUGCUGAAGAGCGGUGUGCUGUAGGGAGCUGGCGAAGUCUGGGGAGUCGUCCUGGGGAUCGGGGUGCCUCGGCGGACCCUCGGUGCCCCGCGGAGGCCUAAGGCAGUCACUGAGGUUAUUCUGAAAUUAGUUCCAGACUAUUGACCCUUGGAUAACAGUGCGCUUACAUGAAACCAUGGCUGGUUAUAAACCUGUAGCGAUUCAAACAUAUCCUGUACUUGGUGAGAAAAUCACCCAAGACACUCUGUACUGGAACAACUAUAAGACCCCUGUUCAGAUUAAGGAGUUUGGUGCAGUGUCCAAAGUAGACUUUUCUCCUCAGCCUCCGUAUAACUAUGCGGUCACAGCGUCUUCAAGAAUCCACAUUUAUGGCCGGUACUCUCAAGAACCUGUAAAAACCUUUUCCCGCUUUAAGGAUACAGCAUACUGUGCUACUUUUCGACAGGAUGGCCAGUUGCUUGUCGCUGGCAGUGAAGAUGGUGUAGUUCAACUUUUUGAUAUAAGUGGGAGGGCUCCCCUCAGGCAGUUUGAAGGUCACACAAAAGCAGUUCAUACAGUAGAUUUUACAGCUGACAAAUAUCAUGUGGUCUCUGGAGCUGAUGACUAUACUGUUAAAUUAUGGGAUAUUCCAAACUCCAAAGAAAUUCUGACAUUCAAAGACCAUUCUGAUUACGUGAGGUGUGGCUGUGCCAGCAAACUGAACCCAGACCUUUUUGUAACAGGGUCAUAUGAUCAUACUGUGAAGAUGUUCGAUGCCCGGACAAAUAAAAAUGUUCUCUGUGUGGAGCAUGGGCAGCCCGUGGAGAGUGUCCUCCUUUUCCCCUCUGGAGGUCUUCUGGUGUCUGCAGGAGGCCGUUAUGUUAAAGUCUGGGACAUGUUAAAAGGAGGACAGCUGCUUGUGUCUUUGAAAAAUCAUCACAAGACUGUGACAUGUUUGUGUCUGAGCAGCUCUGGACAGAGGCUGCUCUCCGGCUCACUGGAUAGGAAAGUUAAAGUCUACAGCACCACAUCCUACAAAGUCGUCCACAGCUUUGACUAUGCGGCUUCAAUCUUGAGUCUGGCACUUUCUCAUCAAGAUGAGACGAUAGUUGUAGGAAUGACCAAUGGAAUACUGAGCGUUAAACACCGGAAGUCUGAAGCAAAAAAGGAGUCUCUUCCGAGGAGAAGGAGGCCUGCAUAUCGAACCUUUAUUAAAGGAAAAAUUUACAUGAAGCAACGGGAUGACAUCAUGGUCAGUAGGCCAGCAAAGAAGCACCUAGAAUGGUAUGACAGGGAUCUGAAAAGUUUUCGGAUCUCAAAGGCCCUCGACAGAGUCCUUGAGCCUAACUGUGUGAUAAAGACCCCUGAGGUUACAGUUUCCAUCAUAAAAGAACUGAAUCGGAGAGGCGUCCUUGCCAACGCUCUCGCAGGUCGGGACGAGAAGGAGAUUACCCGGGUCCUUAACUUUUUGAUAAGGAAUCUGUCUCAGCCGAGAUUUGCCCCUGUGUUGAUUAAUGCUGCUGAAAUCGUGAUCGAUAUAUAUUUACCUGUGAUUGGCCAGUCAUCAGUAGUUGAUAAAAAGUUUAUAGUACUUCAAGGACUUGUAGAAAAAGAAAUUGAUUACCAAAGAGAACUCCUAGAGACCUUGGGGAUGAUGGACAUGCUGUUUGCUACCAUGACACGGAAUAACAGCGCUCCUGUGUCGGAGCAUGUGCCUGCUGAACUCCCAGAGGAGAAGACGGAGUCACCAACACAGCCCAGUGACACUGACAAGAACUCCUAACCGGGCAUUGUUUGACUCUGUUAAUUACAUAGAAGAAAGCAGCUUUAAUACACUCAAAAGGAUAAUUGACAGAAGUUUUAUGGAAGAGACUGGAUUAAUUAAAAUUGGGACAUAAGUACCUGUUUCAAGAUGUGGUUUUCCAUGUAUUUGAUUUAUUUUGUGUCGUCUUCAGCUAGAAGAUCUUAGUUGUGUUGGUCACAGUGUCUGUCGACCUCAGAUGAGUUGAUACUGACCUUAAUGGGACCAGAGUCUCAGUUGCCGUGGGGCCUUGUGACCCUCUGGAGAAGGUUUCAAGCAGACGGAGUCCUGCCAAGCGGACAGAACCUUGGUUUUGUUUUCUGCGUCUAGCCUGGAAAAUAUUGUGAACAAACAGCAACAAAACAUCCUUCUCUGUCCUCAGUGCCCUGGGGAGCUUUCCAUCCCUCUUGCUGGUCUUCGAAGUCUUGAGUCUGCUUUCAUCAGCUGCUCAUGGGACUGUCUUCCAUGUGUGGCGGAUCACUGAGGAUUGCCCCUGGAAGUGCGUUUAGGGCCUGCUGAGUCUGUUUUGUCGUCUACAAUUGUGCCUGACACCAGUGGUUUCUUUAGCCUUCCUGUCCAGAGAGAUCUGACUGAACCGACUCCCCUCCUCAGCCUGCUGCCUUCCUUCCGUCCUCCCCGUGCUUCAGCUGUCUGUCCUGUCCUUUACAGUGCAGGCCUUUCAGCCUGCAUGUGUUCUAUCUUGUAUGUGUAACCCUCUAACAAUUCUCUUAGCUGUACUUAACACUUCAUUUUCUCUCUUAUUCAUUUUGUGGGUCAGACUCAAACAGCAGCAGUUUGCUUUGAAAAUGUAUGUUUCUAAAAGUUCAUUGUAAAUUAUAUUUUUUUAUAAAGAGUUUCUUUUCUUCAUGGCUUUCUGAGGUGUAUCAAUUCCUGUUGGACAGUCAAUGGCUUUGACCAGCAUGCUGACUACGUAGCUGUUACUUCCUACCUUCCUUCAGUGACCCCACUUACGUUAAUAACGUCUCUGGUGAAGGCAUCUUGAGCUGAAGAAAUCCUUGGGGAAAGAUUUGUAAUGAUUCUGCCUUAUAAUCUCAGUUUUGUAAAUUUAAGGUUUUUCUUCUUUUUUUGCCCAAGACAGGGUUUCUCUGUGUAGCUUUGGCUGUCUUGGAAGUCACUGUGACUAGACUGGCUUUGAACUCAGAGAUCUGCCUGCCUUUGGCUCCCAAGCACAGGAAUUAGAGGUGUGUAAGUUUAGGUUUUCUUAAAGCAUAAGGGGUACAUUUAGAGUGUUCUGGUGUGGACACAUGUUCAGCAGUAGGGUACAGUGUCCUUCAGUGAGCUGAGGCAGUUCUUCAGUGUUGAGUUGAGAAGUUACAACAUUAGUCAAAAUGAGAGGCUGUGCUUUUAGUUGAGAAAGUUGAUGAUUUACUUAAGUAAAACCAUUUAAAUAACUUGUUAGGUAUGCAGAGAGCUCCCACUAGCAGUUGUGCGUCUGCUGGAAGCUGUAGCUGAUGUCUCCUGGGCACCUCUGCAGGGUUUCUUGGCCCCCAGAUCAUUUAAUUCUUGUCACAGUUAUCUGAGGGUUGAAUCAUUCUCUUAGAACAUUGAAUUAAAGUCACUGGACUCCCCAAGCUGGUGUCCUUAUCACUCUGGCACUGGGCUGGCCUGUGAGAGCCCUACUACUCAUUCCUUUGACAAACUCAGAGUGCUGCAGCUCCUGUAUAGCAGUUACAAACCCUUAAAAGGAUCAGGGAGCAUAUCCCACAGUCCUCAGUACAAUUAUGUUCACAAGUUGGGUUAAAGACCGGGCCUCUUCAGGUAAUCCUGGCUGUCCUGGAACUCACUGUGUAGACCAGGCUGGCCAACCUCGAACUCAGAGAUCCACAUGCCUCUCAGUCUUCCAAGUGCUGGGAGUUAAAGGUGUGCACCACCACAGCUCAGGAGUUGUUUUUAUAUUCAUUGAAACUAUUACUUGCUAUGUGAAGUGUUUUAACAUAAUGACGUGUUUCAAUAUGUAAUGUUGGCCUUAAGAGUCAAAUGCCUGAUCAAGUUUUUACUUGUGAUUUUUAGUUGGGAAGUAUUUUAUAUUUUACUAUUGAUGCAAAAAUAAUUGUUGCUGAGAACUUAGUCAUUUAUGCUUAAUUUAUUAUGUUAAUUCAGAUUUCAACAUAUGGAAAGGAUUGCUUGUUUCCAGUCAAAUUUAUUAAAUGUCUGUGCUUUUAAAUUGCUGAAACAACUGAUGUCAAAUGGAACCAUUAGAAACUUUGUUUAUUGAACUUAGGUGAAUUCUGCCAAAUGUUAAUUAAAGACUCCCUUGAUCAUGAUUAUUAAAAUGAAGUAGUUUCUCAGUGGGA